CUGUGAUGGUAUGUUCCACGAACCGGCCAAGCUUUCGCUAUCAUUACAUGCCAAACUCUGAACUGGCUGUGUUUAAACUACAUGCUCGGAAUCUGGAGAGAAUUUAUGAUCUAUUUAUCCAGCGGAAGAUGGAGGAUCGUGCGCGAGCGCUGUUUACUUUCGGGAUCAUCGCCGACAUCCAGUACGCAGAUAUAGACGACGGGUCAAACUACCGGAGGACGCGGAGACGCUUUUACAGGAACAGCGUUGAGCUGCUGCGGAACGCGAUGAGGGACUGGGAGGAGCGGCGCGUCAGCUGCGUCCUUCAGCUGGGAGACGUUAUUGACGGCCACAACAAGAGCCGUGACGCGUCGGAACAAGCGCUCGAGACUGUUGUGAAGGAGCUUGAGAAAUGUUCAGUGGAUGUGCAUCAUGUGUGGGGAAAUCACGAGUUUUACAACUUCCGCAGGGAAACUCUGCUCGCCUCUCCGCUGAACAGCGCAGCGAAAGCUGAAGCCGGAAGUGACCUCCUCGCGGACGACAUUUACGCGUAUGAAUUCAGCCCCGCCCCCAACUUUCGAUUCGUGCUUCUGGACGCGUACGACAUGAGCGUCAUCGGGAGAGACGAAAGCAGCGAGAAGCACAAGCAGUCCCUGAAACUGCUGCAGCAGCACAACAGCAACCCUGACCUCAACCAGCCUCCAGUUUAUGGGUUGGAACAAAGGUUUGUGAAAUUCAAUGGAGGAUUCAGCCCAGAGCAGCUUCUGUGGCUGGAUGAAGUCUUAACUCUUGCUGACCAGAAGCAGGAGAAAGUAACUGUCUUCAGUCAUCUCCCCGUUCACCCAGACUCUACGGACCCCAUCUGUCUGGCCUGGAACUACGAGGAGCUGCUGUCUGUCCUGCGCUCUCAUAAGAGCGUGGUGUGCUUCAUGGCGGGACACGACCAUGACGGAGGAUACUGCUCGGACACGUCCGGCGUUCACCACAUCACGCUGGAGGGGGUGAUCGAGACCCGUCCUGAUAGUAACGCCUUCGGGACGGUUUACGUCUACGAGGACCGGAUGCUUCUGAAGGGCAGCGGAAGGACAGCAGACAGAGUCCUCAAGUAUCCAUGAGACUCUCAGGAGAUUAUAGUCAAUGAAUGAUGGAAUUAAAACAAUCAAACACUAAUUCUG